GUUACACCAAUAGAAGUCUCCUUUAUUAGCGCGUUGUUUGUCCAUUGGCGUUUAAGGUGGUCGGAUUAUGCCGCACAAGCUACCCUUUCGUGUCGUGUAUGUUUCAAGCCAAGAAGAACACUUCCCUGCCACAGAAUUAAAUCAUCACCAUCCAGGAACUAAAGGAUGGGUUUCUACUCGCUUUUGUUCUUACCCUCAACAGCUUAUUUUAUCUUUGGAAGCCAAAGCUAGCUUUCGCAAAAUACAGUUGCUUUGCCAUCAAUAUCUAAUUGCAUCGAAGAUUGAGUUUUUUGUUGGAGAUACGCCGGAUGAUGAAAUGGAACAUUUUAAAAACGCCAGGUAUACUAGACUUGGAUAUGUAGCGCUUUCAGACAAUCAAGCAACAGAGUACAAAGCGAGGGAAUUAAAGUCAGUUCAUAUUGACGCUUCUGGCUCAUAUAUUCAACUGUUUCUCUAUAAAAACCAUCCGAAUAACUUAAACUUAUACAGUCAGGUUGGGAUUGUUGCUAUAAACCUGAUCGGAGAUUUUAUCGAUAAGAAUGGACAGUCGGAUUCUGAUGAUUCCCCAGUAGGUCUUUUCAGGCCAGAUUACAUACCUCCCACUGAAGACUUGGCGUUUGAUAUGUAUCAAGAUCCCGAAGUUGCUAACAUAAUAAGAAGGUUAGAAAAACAAAAACGUCUAGCUGUUAAGGCUGAACGCUUUGACCAAGCUCAAGGUAUACGAGAUGCUAUAACUCAACUACAUCAGGUCGGUGAACGUCUCGGUAGAUUAGCACUUGAAAAACAACAAGCUGUUGAAGAAGAAAACUAUGAACAAGCUAAGUUAAAAAAAAAUCAAAUAACUGAAAUGCGUACUAACUUGUAUCGAGAUAUUGAUUUAAUGAAAUUGUUGUCUAGUAAUACUUCAACAGAACAAAGUGAAAAACUUUAUGGUCGACCGGAUAACCAGUUUCCUGAUACGAAUAAUGACCGGAACAAAAUAAAUCCAAUACAACCAAUACAUUUUCAAAAUUUAUUAAUAAGUGAUGAUCCAAACGAAAAUAGGCGUAGUAAUGGGUCAUAUAUUGUUAAUAACAACAAUAGCAAUAAUAAUAAUCAAGAUGUUGAUUACUUUCCAUUUCGUCGUGCUUAUCCUUCAAAUGAUCCUGAUGAACGUCCUUUACCAGCUCUUAAAAAUAAGCAUAGAAAUAAUAGUCCAAUAGUCGAUCCAGCUGAUGAAGAGCAUUAUACAUCGGAAUUACCAGUCCCAGUGCUUCAUGAACAAUCUUUUGAGAAUUACAAUCAUUCUGAACAUAUACCACCACUUGAUGCAGUUGAAGCUAUUCAAAGAGACAUUGAUACUUAUGAAGAUGAACAAACGAUGAAAUACUUAGAACAAGCAGCUCAUGAUCGCAUGGUCGAUGGUAGAGAAAAUUUUCAGCAUAGUAUACUUGAUCUUCCUGAGCCAAUGAGCGAAACCAAUCGACGUCAGGCUGGUGUAGCUAUUGAUGUUGUAGGCAUUAACCUUGUUACAAAAGCAUAUAGCAAAUCGUGGGUUUUUCGUGAAAAAGCUCUACUUGAAUUAGAACAACGUGUAACUGCACCGAAACUUCCUCCUCCUGUAUCACUUCCUGAUACAGCACAUCCUGAUCCAAAAGCAGAAAUUCGAUCGACUACAUUUCUUUUACGUCGUGCAUUAAAUGAUCAAGUUUUGUCAAUAUUUCGUUUAGCCACAAAAUUCCUCAAACCAACAAUUGUUAAUUUUGCCGAUAGAUAUGGUAUUCCACGACCUGAUUUAUAUUAUUGCAUGGAUAAAUUAACUCCAGUAAUUUUUCAACGAACUAGUGAUACUUCAUCACGUGUUAGAGAGAUAGCUAAACAACAGAUUUUAGAUAUGGCACAAUGGCCACAGAUGAAGCAAAAUACAACAUUUUGGAAUGAAUUAGUUCGACCCUUUUCUCCCGUAACAUUAGAUCGUUUAGCUUUAAGUCGAAUUGAGCUAGCAACAGAAUUAUACGCCAGUCGUGGUGUAGAUCCUGCUUUUUGUAAUGAACAUGGACAUGUCAAUCAGGGAAGUUUUACUUUAGAGGCACUAACUAUAUUCACUGCAAAAUGCUUAGACCAUCGAUCAAACGAAGUUCGUGAAGCUGCUGAAAAUCUUAUAGUUGCUCUUUAUCGUUCUGAAGAUCGAGCUACUGUUCGUAGACUUACACCUUUAGAUGAUGUGAAUUCCAAUCGACAUCCUUUAUAUAGAAGAUUACUUGGAAAAUUCGAUCGGAUCGACGGAAGAUAUGAUCCACCAUUGAAUGAUCGACCACCUGGGAUUAAAGCUUCAGUCAAACAAAAAGAAGUUGAAGCACUUCAGGCAGACGUUCAACAACUCCGUGCUAUAGUCGAACAUGGCAAUCGUGGUCAUUUGACUACCCAUAAGCCUAAUUCACGUGUAUCACGUACUGUACCUUCACAAAAUUAUGAUAGAAAAUCUGCUUCAAGGUUAAAAAAUAAUGAUCGUAAAUCUGCAAAUAACUCACAACCUGGGCCUCCAUCUGUAUCACCGAAUCGUCAGAAUCAUACAUCUAAUCAACAUGGUUCACGAAUUGCAAAAAAUGACAAUCAAAACAGAAAUUCUUCGACUGCUAACAUUCAAUUGGAAAUAAAUUCACAACAACAUACUGAAGAAGCAGAAUUUUUACUUAGUUUAGAUAAGACAUGUAUAUUUUGUGGAGAACAAAAUGAUUCGUUUACAGAGGAAGGAUUAGAUAUACAUUAUUGGAAAAGUUGUCCAAUGCUUCAUCGUUGUCCUAAUUGUAAACAGGUAGUUGAAAUAGCUGGUUUAACGGAUCAUUUACUUAAAGAAUGUGAAGCUUGUACACCAGGACAGUAUGUUCGUUGUUCUAAAUGUUCAGAAGCUGUAUUAAAAACACAUUUAAGCAAUCAUCAUUGUUUACCUAUCAAAUUACCAUCUGGACUACGUUGUCCACUUUGUCAUCAUGAUUUACCAAAUUUACCAGAUUCAGUUGCUCCUGGUGGUCCAGAAGAUGUUUGGAAAGCUCAUUUAUUAGGUUCAUCCAAUAGUACCAUUCAAAUGCCUCAAUGUACAGAGAAUCCAAGAAGUUUACAAAGUCAACAACAGAAAUAUAAUGGCCACUUCACAAAAAGUACCAGUAACUCAGAAGCUAAUAAAACGAAAAGUGGGAUACCUCGACCGUUUAAUGUAAACAAAGUUCGUCCAGUUUAACUAACUUGUACUUUAUUUGCUAUAGUUUGUUUGUUUUGUUUUUUUUUCAAAAGAAAGAAAAUCAUUUUCUUUCUACCAGUUACAAUUUUAUUGUUUCAAUCUCUUUCUAAAUAGAAUUUUUUUUCAAUCAUGUAAUAUUCUGUCGAUCUAUGUAUUCUUGGCUCACAAGUGGAUUUCUUGUUCAUGAAUAGAGGUAGUCGUGUAAAUGUGGUUUACUUUAAUUUACUUUCAAUAUAUGAAAGAGGACAUUAAUGUAUAUGAAAAAUAGAAGACGAAGAAUUACCUCCAUUUAGUUUUUGGUGAAUACAAGCAAUUUAUAUAAAGUCUGUAAAUUGGUCAAUCUUAUUUUCUCAUCUGAAUCAGUAAUUCAUUGUCAUUAAAUGAAGUUUUGUGUAUGUUGGUUCAAAGCUUCAUUCUUUCAUCAUUUCAUGCUUGUAUACAUUGUUGUUAUAAUCUUAUAAGUAAUAUACCUUUGUUUAAAAGAAAAUAUUUGUCAAAUAACUUAUUGUUUGAUGAAUUACAGUUGUUCACACUACUAUUAAUUAUAAUUAUAUACCUGUUAUUAACUCUAACAUUUGGUUUACGAUAUAACGCUGGUACUGUCAUAACCGGUAUAUCUGUGUGUUUACUGAAGUGUUCGUUUAUUAUACUUUACAAUUCUUAUUUUUUAUCAUUUAUUAAUCAACUUAAGAUUAAGCAUUUAAAAAAACAGUA